ACUAACCAUUUCUUCUUUGUCACUGGUCAAGGUUUGUCUGUUUUUCUAUCUGUGAGUUCUCGAUUUUAUCACUUCACCUUAGUGUCCAGGUUAUUAUAAAAUUGGCAAAAUGGCAAAUUCUACAAAAUCUAUGAUUCUUCUAUGUAUCGUUUUUUGUGCUAGCGUUUCUUCAGCUCCACAAAAUUCAGAUUCCCCACCCCCAGAAGGGCAAGGCCCUGAUGACUCUGUACAAUGCCCAGAAACCAAUGGACAAUUCAAGCACCCACAAUACUGUGACCAAUUUAUAAAUUGUUGGGAAGGUGCCGGAGUAGUAGGAAAUUGUGAGCAUGGAUUGUACUUCAAUCCCACGACUUCAAAUUGUGACUAUCCCUCACACGUCAACUGUGAAGGGAAAGAGGAUUCUCGUCCACAAAUGGACCAAAGUAUGUGUCCUGGUGGCUACGGUACUUUUGACAAUGCUGAUCAUUGCGGGCAGUUUAUUGUCUGUCAUGCUGGAAGCGUCUACGUCUUCAACUGCCCUGAUGGCUUGGUGUACAACUCGACUUUAGGGGUAUGCACUUAUCCCGAACCCGGGGAUACUUGCCUGGAAAAACAUCAACAGGCGACUGAUUCGCCGCCAACGGCCCCAUCCGACACGCCAGAAAGUCCUCAGCAGCCUGGAGAAGUCCCCCCAGCAAAAUCGAAAACUCCUAAUUUCGAUUUUACCAAGGCACUCCCCGUCUCUCCCUCAGGCAGCCGCAGCGAUGCUAAUCUUGUCCUCUUCCCCGUCAUCCCAAGUUGGCCACAGGUCAAUAGUUAUAGCCUGUUGAAGUGCCCAAAAGGUCAUCGCAUGGGAUUUGUCCCUGCCACCCCAACAUAUGCAGUUUGUGUGAAGGAUGACACUUUAAAGUUUUGAUUUUUUUUAUUUACUUCCCAUUAGUUGCUCAUUGCUGAAAAUAAUGAUUGUUGCAAGAAAAAUAAUUUGACAGCAUAACAGUUUUACUAAAAUUUAUUGCUUAGACUAUAUUUAUAUAUUUAUUUGCAUAUUAAACGGAAUUAUGUCAUGCACCA